GUCCGAUGCUCCAUUAGGUGACAGCCGAUCCAAGUUUUCUUCCUUCAUCUCUCGCCCUUUCUUCGAGCUGGUUAACCUCGUGGAAUAUUGUGGGCAUUAAUGGCGGCGGGGGCGCGGGAAAAGAACGGCGCGAAGGGUUGCCGUUUCGCCUCCCUCCUAGACCUCGAAAUCCUCGCUUCCUGUCUUCAUUUCUCGACUUCUCGCUUCUCUUAGCACACCAUUUGCAAGUUUAGGUCAAUUGCUCCAGGAUCCCCACUUCUUGUUGUCCCAGGGGCUUCAUUCUCGUUGGAUUGGAGCAUGGUCUUUAAUUCCUUGCACAUAAUUGAGGGUUUAAAGUUGCUCUUGUGAUCUGGUAAUGGAUGGGAGUAGCAGGUAUCGUGAAUCAGCCGAGUACUAUAAUGGUGGUCGGAGCAGUGACAAGGUGGUUGGGUUUGACGAGUUCUUGUUUCCAGGUUCUUAUUGUGACAGAGGCAACGCAGGACAACCAAACACAAAUAAUGAUGAGGUCAAAUCUCACUCUACACGUAAUGAGGUUGCUUCAAGUCUACAAUUCACAAGUGCUGCUAUGGAUAAUCCUUCCAUUGCUGAUUUGGAAAUGCUGCAAUCUGUGAAUUCCUUUUCUGAACUUUUAAGUGGCAAUGCUUAUCUCGGACCAGUGUUCCAGCCAAAUACUAGGUUUUUCCCACAAAUGAUCUCAAAUUAUACCUUUCCAAUGGCAUCUACAAGUUUUGUUAAAAGCAGUGAUUUCAGCGUGGUGGAUGGGAAGAAAGAGAGGCUAUUGUGCCAGGAGUUGAUAAGCAACAGAGGAUGUAGUGCACUUCCAGCAUGGGAAAACAAUGAACAGGCAACAUUGCAAAUACCGAAUCAAUUAACCUUUCAACUGGAGUCAGAAAUAACUGACAAAAAGGAACUUGGAUGUAAAGACUUGCAAGUUGCUCUGUGCAAAGAGUUGACAAAAAGUGAUGUUGGAAACACUGGAAGAAUAGUACUGCCAAAGAGGGAGGCUGAGGCUUGUCUUCCUCCACUAUCUGAAAGAGAUGGCAUAGUGCUGCACAUGGAAGAUAUGACACUUCAAUGUUCAUGGAAAUUUAAGUACAGGUUUUGGCCAAAUAACAGAAGUAGGAUGUAUAUUUUGGAAAAUACAGGAGAUUUUGUAAGGGCACAUUGUCUUCAAACAGGAGAUUCUUUAAUUAUUUAUCGAAAUUCAACUUCUGGAAAUUUUAUUGUUAGGGGCAAGAAGGCAAAUCCAGAGCAGUCUCCUUUGGAUACGGUGAAGUGCAACUGGAAAAAUCAAUUCAGUAUCGAUGAAAAACACUGCAGCAGUUCCAUGUACAAUAAUGAAGCAAGGAACCUAUAGGGAGGUAUGUGGAACAAAGAUAAUUCAUUGGGGAUCGAAGCAGUUCUUUCAACUGAUCGUUUAUGGUUUGGCCAGGGCCCAGGGGUUAUUUUGCUAACUAUUUUGUACAACUUUGUUUAUUCCUUAGCAUGGAGAAAUUUAAAAAACCCGGUGUCAAUAAAAUUUCAUAUAUAUUUAUUUCGGUCGGACGUCA